AUGUCUAACGCAAGUCAACGUAAGCUAACAGUGCUGUUCGCGCCGACCGACGGCUGGGGACACAUCAACGCCUGUCAGGGAAUGGCCGACGGUCUCCGAGAGCGCGACCAUCGAGCCAUCUUCGCGGUGGCCGCCAAGUUUGCACCAAAACUACACGCAUCGGGCUAUGAAGUAGAACUUUUGACUGUGACCGCCGAGGGACAGUUGCCCACUCCGGGUGCUGAUGCAAAUCAGGGUGAAAAUAAUUUUGUGGCUAGAAACCUGGAUGUGUUUAAGACGAGUGCCAUAAAUGUGGUGGAAAUGUACGUAAAAUUGUUUGCCGAUCGACUGUGCAGUAAGUUGCGGGACAGGGAUCCAUUGUUUCGGGAGAUUAUCGGUAGAUUGAGACCCGAUGUGAUAGUUGUGGACACUUAUAUCAGUUCUCCGUAUAUCGUCUAUUCGGGCGUUCCCUGGGUUUGGCUCUAUUCAGCCUCACCUUUAAUGAUGUUCAACGACCCACGGCUACCACCGGCCUGGUUAGGUUUGCCAACUGUUGGCAAAGCUAGCGAAUGGACAGAACAUCGAUCACAAUUAGAGGUUGCUUUCAAGAUGUGUUAUCAAAAAGUGAACGAAUGGUAUGAAUCCGAAGGCUUUCCUCCCCUAAAGAGCACAUCUUAUUGUAAUUUGCAUCCAAUCUCUCCGUAUCUCAACAUUUAUAUGACUCCCGAAGAGUUGGACUACAAAGAGGUGCAGCCAUUGGCCCACAACUGGCAUAGAGUGGACGGCUUUGUCCGCACAACUCAUGACACGUUUGAGAUACCGGAGUCUCUGCGGGACAGACCAGGAAAGUUGGUCCUCCUAACUAUGGGUUCGUUCGGUGGCCAACAUCUGGAGCUCAUGACUCGGUUGACCACCAUUUUGGCCAAAUCUGAGCACCGGUUUAUAGUAGCAAAGGGUCCCAUCCAUGACAAGUAUGAAUUACCGAGCAAUAUGUGGGGUAAAAAAACUUUACCCCAAACAGCAGUCAUACCAUUAGUUGAUUUAGUGCUAACACACGGCGGCAACAAUACUGUGACCGAGACUUUCUAUUUUGGUAAACCAAUGCUUGUAUUACCCCUUUGGGCGGAUCAGUACGACAACGCACAGCGCCUGCAGGAGACGGGUCUCGGCUUAAGACUCAAUCCUUUCCAUUGCACUGAAGAGGAAUUAUUUGGCUCAAAGAAUGAAAUCAAUUGGCGAUAG